ACGCUCACACACACACACAAGAACGUAACGACGAUGGCUGGUAGCCGCCUAUGCUGCACCCUGGCCUCAAACGCGUCGGCCCUGGCGUCCUGCACCGUUGUGGCGUCUGCGGUGCAAAGCAGUCUGACAUCUCUAAGUUGCUCAAACAGCGAAGACGGAGGCAGCCGUCGGCGGGGUAACAACCGGCGAGUGCGAGAGAGAAGCGAAGAGGAGGCAGAACCCGUGAACCCAUGCGCCGAGUUCAACACGCUCAAGUGGAGGAUGAGCUACGCUCACCGCAAGAACGACUGCAACGGGGAGGAUUCUUGCGUUUUCGUCGGGCGGAGCGUUACCGGCGCGUGCGUCCCCAGGGACCCUUCGAUACUGCACAAGCGAAGGAGCUUCCCGAAUGUCCCCCUGGUUUUGCCGGAUAGCGACGGUUCCACGAAGAAACUCCAAGCCGCUCUUCAAAGACAGCACACGGCGAAGGUGAUGAGCGAGACCAUAGACGAGCUCGAGUCGGAGUUCGAACACAAAGGCGUGGAACCGUACUCCGACACCAAGCUCGCAGCGAACAAGUUCCGAGAGCUCAUGUCUGCACUGGACGUGGAGGAGAGCACGCAGGAGCUGGCCUUGGCGAUACUGCAGGAGGAAGGAAUGCAUGCUGUGCAGGUGUUCGUGAAGAGUCAGUUGGCGAACGCGGCCGCCGAAGAGCUACGAUAUCAAAAGUCAGCGACGGAAGCCUUCGCCAAAGACUUUCUCAUGGAGGUGAUACGCGAGCCGGAGUUGCCGGGACAGAUGGGGCACAUGCUCGAGUCGGUUUUCAAGGACCCGGCCCUUUCCACCGGCAUCCGGCAUCUCAUCUACAACGCCGUAGGAUUGGACUACACGUACCAGUCGUCCUUGACGCUGACGAUACCCUUGAUAAGGUGGCUCUUGUCGGAGACGGACUGGAUGGAUGCGGAGGCCGCCAAGCUUUGCGCUUACCUCGUCCGGCUAGAACAGACCGAGUUAGCGACGAUCUUGCUGGUGGCAUGGGCUAUUCGAGAGCCAGGGAUUCUAGACCCGUCAUCGUCAAGGGGCUUGGCAGCUAGCCUUCCGUUGGGGUCCCAACAAAUAACGGACUCUAUGGUGUGGGCCUUGACCGAAACGCUCAAGUCUGACUGGGCGCUUGAGAUGGCCAAGUCGACCACCGUGGAGAUGAUCAAGUCCAGGCCGAACGGGACGGACAAAGAGUAAAUCCAGCUAACAGCGCCCUAGUUUUUCCCUUGUUCUGGCCGAGGCUAAGGUACUUAGGUCUGGCCGCUGUAUAGAUUUUGGUGUAGGUUGUUUCUCGGGCUCACGAAAGGUGCUCAAGUUAAGAAGUUCUUUCGUUUGAUUAAAUGAACACGAAAUUCUUCUCUCAAGUGCGGACGCAAUGUGUUUUUUGUUUUGUUUGUUUUUCUCCCAU